AUAAAUAAAAGAAAAGGAAUUGAUGCCGUAAUUAUGGGGGCGCUGUCUCUCUACCGCGGGAACCUCCACCGGGUUCCCGACGUCCCCCGGCGAUGGCCCAUGCCGCCGCCGGCCAUCUCUCUCCACCACUUCAGGCUCCUUAUCCGCAAGCGAUCACUCGCACUCUCUCGCCUCGCUGCCGCCACGACGCCGGCCGGAACCCUAGACGCGAAGGGGGAGGGGAAGGGAAAGCAAGAACCCAUGAGCGACGAUGUAGGCGCCAAACCCGACUCCCUGAAGGUUGAGACUGCUUCCAAUCUCAAUUCCCAGGCGCCGGAUUCUGGGCAAAAGAAGGGGGGAGACACGGCGGAGGGCAAGCCGCUGCAAGAAUCCGAGGGGACCAGUGCUCCGGCCUCGAAUCUUCCGGUCGGUACCGCUGCCGCGUCCGAGGACGUUCGUGGUUCGUCGGUCGGUGGAGGGGGGACUGCUGGUGCGAAGUUGGAGGUAAGCAACAAACUGAACACUGCUGGUGACAGAGGGGAUAAAAAAAGAGAGUUGGAGAAGAAGUUGCAAGUCUUGAAUGAGAAGAAACACCAUCUUGUGCAAAUGCUGAAGCAGAUUUUAAACGCCGAAGAAGAAACAAAAAGACGUAACAUGCCGCCAUCUGUUGUGCAUGCUUCUAUUCCUCUGCAAGCAGAAACUGCAGUUGACAUGGGCUCUGUUACCAGACAAGCUCCGAAGAUUAGUGUAGAUGUAAAUUUCAAUUGUGAUUUAGGCGGGGAAUCAGAUCUUGUGGGUAAUCACAUUACUAAUGCAUGUCAAUUGCAUCACUUGCAUAGUACAUCUCCAUCGGCAGCAUCAUUUUCCAGAACUCCAUUUGGCUCUCUACAACAUAACACAGUCCAUACCGUUAGGUCAAGUUUGGCAGCUGCUGGAGUCGGGCAGACGACAUCCAAUGCAUUGAUGGGUACUGCCAUGACUAGCCCUUCCCGCUUUUCUCUUCCUACCGGCCACCAGGGCCAUGCUGCUGCGGCUAUGCCACCUGUCUCAUUACCUGCCACCAAUUAUCUGGCAUCUUCACCAUCGCCUGCGGCAUCCGGGGCUGCGUCCUCAGUCUUCAGGGAUCCUCGCCUUAUGCCCACUCAUGAAACAAUAUGACGCUAAUUUAUUAUGUAUGGUUUCCAGGCAUCCAUCGUGAAGCCUGGUCCUGCUUUUAGUUAGGUCUUUCCCCUUUUCUUGUGGUCGGUACUGCAUCUGCUGUCCUGUGAAAAGGCUCCAAGUCCCAUUUACCCCAAGGAAUUUAAGAUCCUUCAGUUUGUAUUGUGAAUUUAGAAUGAAAUUAGGAAAAUGAAAAUAGCACUAAUGGGUUUUCCUUUCUAAUGAUCAUGCUAUUCUCUUGGCCUGCA